AUGAAGUUUUCGGCAAAUCUUGGUUUCUUGUAUACUAGAGAAUCAGAAUCAUUGAUUGAAAGAUAUUCUUUAGCUAAGGCUGAUGGGUUUUUUGGUGUUGAAACGCCAAAUCCAUACUGUGUUGAUGUCAGAGAUUUACAGAUGAAAUUAAAUUGUUUAGGACUUCAUCAAGUUGCUAUUAAUUCACAUCAAGGCGGCACAGAAGAAAUUGGUUUGGCCUGCUUGCCUGACAAAUGUCAGGAUUUUAGAGAAUAUCUAGAACUUAGUAUUAAUUAUGCAAAGGCACUAGACUGCAAGAAAAUUCAUAUCUUAUCUGGACUGGUUAAAAAUAAACAAAUUCCUUUUGAUGACUAUGAAAGAAUGUACAUUUCUAACAUAAAACACUCAGUAGAAAGAUUGUUGAAAGAGGAUAUUAUGUGCCUUAUUGAACCUAUUAACAACAGAUCAGUACCUUGCUAUUUCUUAGAUAAUUUUAACUUAGCCAAAAAAGUUUUAAAAUUAAUUGAAUGUCCCAACUUGAAGUUGCAGUUUGAUUUCUUUCAUGCUCAAAUCAUUAAUGGUGAUCUGACUCAGCUUUUCAAAUCUGUGGAGAAACAUAUUGGCCAUAUACAAAUAGCUCAAGUACCUGACAGAGGACACCCAGGCACGAUGGGUGAAAUAAAUUAUGAUUACAUUCUAGAGUUUGUAAAGCACCGCAAGUAUGAUGGUUGGAUUGGCCUAGAAUAUAAA